UCUUGAACUACAGUUAGAGUAUGUUUGAAGCAUUGUUUUAAUGUGCUUCAAUUUCAGCACAUUAUAAAUGCAUUAGCAUUACACUACUAGUUCAUUAUAAAGCUGUUUUUUUUCAGUAUAUACACAUACACACUUUGAAAUGUAGAAAACUUUAAUGCACUAUAUAUUGUUGUGUACAUUACAAAUAUUCCUAGAGUACAUUAAAAAAAAGUACAGCAGUGCCCCCGUGUCAACAAGCUUGGCCCCCCUCUGGCCCCACUAAAUUUGGAAUCGUAUCAUACCAAACAAUUUCUUUAAACCAGGUGCAAUAUGCAGUUUUUGCUGUGGCAGUAGUGAUGAAAACAGUAGGCUAAUUUAUCGUGCCGCGAUAUCCUUUUAAACUCUGAGAAGAUGAAAUUACUCGAUGACCAAAUGCAGAGAAGCAAUUUGCAUGAAGAGGCUGCGGUGCGUGAGUAGAAGAGACAGUGUUUCACAUCUGCAUCAUGACUAUGCAAUCUUUGCAAAGUUUCCGCUCUCAGAAAUUUUGUAGGCUACAAAAUAACAUGUAUAAAUUGUUUUGCUUUGCUUUUUUAAAAGCAUGCAUGAUAAUAUUACUGAUUCAUUUAUUUUCAGUUGAUUUGUGUUAGGCCCAUCUGUAUGAUUAUGCAGAAGAUUAUUUUUUAUUUUUGUUAUCAAUAGGUUUUGUGUUAUGUGUCAAGUUUACAGAUGCAGAAAAGUGCCUAUAUUAAACGUGUUAUGUCAUCACUGCUCAUUAUCACACUACAAUACAGGAUUACUUGUCAAAUAAAUAAAUGAAUAAUUUUAGUUCACAAUGUAGAGAUUGCAGUGAUAUAUGACCCAGUAAAUUACUUCAAUAAUCAUGAAAAUAUUAAAGGGUUAAGGUUAAAAUUCUGUCAUCAUUUACUCACCCUCAUGUUGUUCCAAACUUGUAUAAGUUUCUUUUCUCUGAACAUAAAAGUAGAUGUUUUGAAGAAUGUUAGUAAGCAAACUGUUUUGGUGACCAUUGACUUCCAUUGUAUGGAUGAAAAAACAAACAAACGAGACAUUUCUUAAAAUAUCUUCUUUUAUGUUCAGCAGAAGAAAGUCUUAUUUAGAAUGACAUGAGGGUGAAUAGAUUAUGACAGAAUUUUCAAUUUUAGUUGAACUAAGAUAAAUGUUUAAGUGUGCCCCCUAUAAUCACAAGUGGUCCCCCCAGUUACCGUGGUCUAGAACUGCCACUGGAGUGCAGCACACACAAAGAAACUUAUACUGCCGUAAAAAGUCAAAAUGUGGAGUUUUUUAUUUAUAACAUAUGAUACAGUUAAGCAACAUCACAAUGUCUUCCACGUCAUUGAAACCAUGAUUGAAAAUGUGACACUGUAACAUUAAUCAAACAAGUAAUGUUAGUUAAAAUUAAGUCGCUUACGUUUUAGGAGCAAUACUUCUAUUUCAGAAGCAAAAAUAUAGUUCCAAAUAAAGAUCACAUCAGAACCAUAUCAUGUCUCACAGCAAUUACCACUCAGUAGUAUUGCAUUACUGAAUGAUUCAGCAUUUUGAAAGAAUCGGCUGAGUCAAAAAUUGAAUGGCCCAUUAAUAAACAACUGCCUCACUCUUGAAUGAAUAGCUGUUUGAACGAAUCGUUUUAUAGAAUGAAUCAAUGACUCACUCAAUAGAUGGUCAUUUGCCGCCACCUACUUUUUUCAGUGUAAAUGGUUUAAUUUGAAAUUAAUUUAGGAUAAUGAUUCUAAUUUAUUGAACAGAUGUAAGAAUUUGAAAUAAAAGAUGAAGCAUUCAUUUAGGAAGAUUCGGGAAAAUAUCCCUUUAUAAAGGAAAAAAUGCCCUUGAGGUAAAUAUCAUAUGCAUAUUUAAAUAUGUAUAGUAUAUUAUAGACUAUAUAUAUAUAUAUAGUCUAUGUGAGUACGUGAGUACUGUUUGGGAGUUUCUUUACUCCAGUCCUCCUCUGAGAUCCUAUUGGUGCCUGUAAGUUUGAGAACAAGAGCAUCUCCUUUCCCAUAGGCAAAGGACAAGAGGAUGAGAAAUAGAGGUGAAGUGUAAACGCAAACGCGCUUAGAGAACAGCGAGCAAGAGAGUGAAGAGGAGAGAAAGAUCUAUCGAUUUAUCCAUAACAACUUGGACGAUGCUGCUGACAGACUGACGGCGAAAGAUUCAUCUGAUCUCUUUACAGAAUGCAGGGAAUCAGCACGCGAGCUCAUGCAAUUUCUGUGUAUGCCUCAGGGAAAAGUUGCAAGAAGAUGAAAGUGGAAAAUAUGAAGAAUGAGAAGUUGCAGUAUGUUUUGGAAUAUGACAGAGAUACACCGACGGGAACUUUCAUUGACCCACAGGGUCAGCGAAACGACAGGAAGAAAAAAAGCGUGAAGCUAAGAAAACCUGCAGAAUCUGAAGCUGCGAGAGAAAUUCGAGUAGAUCUUCAAGGAUCUGACCUGUGGAAGAGAUUUCAUGAGAUCGGCACAGAGAUGAUCAUCACGAAAGUUGGGAGGAGAAUGUUCCCCUCUGUCCGAGUCAAGGUGCACAAUCUGGAUCCCUUCCAGCAAUACUCCAUUGCCAUGGACAUCAUGCCUGUGGACUCAAAGAGAUACAGGUAUAUAUACCACAGCUCUCAAUGGAUGGUGGCUGGAAACACAGAUUCAUGUAUCUCCCCUCAUCUGUAUGUCCACCCGGACUCGCCAUGUUCCGGAGAGAACUGGAUGAGACAGGUGAUUAGCUUCGAUCGUGUAAAACUCACCAACAAUGAUAUGGAUGACAAAGGCCAUAUAAUCCUGAAGUCUAUGCACAAGUACAAGCCACGCAUACACGUUAUUCUGCGUAGUCCUCUUGAACGUGUGUCACAGUUACUAUCACUGCCAGCAGAGGGUGUGUACACCUUCUCCUUCCCUGAGACUCAGUUCACCACUGUCACAGCCUACCAAAACCAACAGAUAACAAAACUGAAGAUUGACAGGAAUCCUUUUGCCAAAGGCUUCAGGGAACGAAAUGGGGGUGUGUUGGGUGGGAUUCUGGAGUCGCACUCAUGGCACAGCCCCUUUAACCUCGAUUUCAAAUCUUUCGCUAUGGAGCUACAAGGCAGAUGUUAUGGAUCUUCAGCAAGCUUCGAUAUCACCUCAUCAAUGACAUCCUUCUUGCCCAGCUCCUUUGCUCAAGCAGCCCAUCCUAUCACAUUCUCAAGCCCUCAAUGCUGCAAGAUUUUUCCAUCAAACAGUUUUCAAACAUACAGAGCCUACUGCAACAUUUGUCUGGGCAAACUCAAUAGUUACACUGGCUUGCGACCCAUGUUAGACCUUCCCUUCAUGACUAAUAAAAAGAAAGGAGACAUCUGUAGGAGUCACUGGCUCCAUGAUUCCACCACCACAUGUACUUCUGUACAUCCUAUCCAUAACAUUUCAGCUGGAUGGACCUCUGGACACUAUCAGUCUAAAAAUGAAAAUAUGGCAUCAGCCUUUGUGUCACCCUACAGCUACAGUUUCCCCAUGAGGCACCAAUUCUCUACUGUUGCUCAUUUAAAACUGGCUAAUGGUGAGAGCCCUGUUCACUAAAUGGCCAUGAUCUCCUCAAACUGUUACUGUCCCUGACUCCAAACCUUUCAAAACAUACUCUAGAAUUGCAAAUCCAGUUUCAGUUAAAUUUAAGUUUGUCUAAAUUAGAAAAAGUUCUUAAAACUCAAAACAAUGAAACAAUUCAGAUUACUUAAAAUGUGUCAGUUUUGUGAAAAACUGAAAAGAAAGUUCUAAAUACUCAUAAAAGUUAAUUUGAUUGAACUAAUUUUUUUAAUUCAAGUUUACCCUAUUCAAGCUAAUUAUUUUGAGCAUUAGGGUUUACAAUGCUACUUGUAUUUACUGUAAAUAGGUUCAAUUGUUCUGUAUCUGCCCUCUUAUACCAAAAUGUACUAAAAUGAACCUUUUCAAAACAAAAACCAUUUACCCCCUUUUAAUAAAUGUUACCCUGGAACACAAAACCAGUCAUAAGUGACAAUUUUUUGAAAAAUCAUCUGAAAGCUAUAUAAAUAAGUUUUCCAUUGGGUUGUUAGGAUAGGACAAUAUUUGGCUGAGAUACAACUAUUUGAAAAUCUGGAAUGGUGCACAAAAAUCUAAAUAUUGAGAAAAACACCUUUAAAGUUGUCCAAAUGAAGUCAUUAGUA